AUGCAGACGGCUCUCGCGCCGUUGCGCGAAACGGUCGGUCGUGCAGCAGAACGCGCUCGACGGGGCGCGACGCCGGAGCCGUGUUGCUGUCUGCAGGGCACCGGGCCCGCGGAAGACGUCGCGGUCAGCAACGUGCCAUGCACUAUGCGCCGUGCGACGACUCAGGAUUCGCCGCGCCCGCGCCCGCGCUCGCUCUCACGCUCCACGUCCCCCGGGGCAGCCGCUGUCGACGGCAAGGCUCGCGAGGACAGCGUCGACGCGGCCGCGCGCACGGCGGAGGACCUAUGGACGCCACGCGCGAGCAAGGUGAGUGACGACGCGGGAGCAAGAGACGCAGCACUGACCGUGAGCAAUGGCGCAUGCGCAUGCGAAGGACGACGGGCCCUAGGCAACAUCCUACCGGUGUCAAGGAAACGACGACCGGCAGCCAGCCAGAGCGCGCGCACUGCGAGCGCGCCGCCGGACGAGAUUCAGACGCAGGAGACGGAGGCCGCAGGGAAUGGCGAAGACCUCGACCAGCGUCCGUUCCCCCCACGUCCUAGGAUCCUGUCCGUGCGUGCCGUCUCUGUCCCGCGCCGUCGCACUCCGCUCCCGCCCUCUUACAGGAUGCACACACUGCGCGCAGGUACGCCAAGCAUUCCUUAUUCCCCGGUCCCUAGCAGCUUACUAUGCCCGCCGUCCAACAACCAACCCCACUGCGCUUCUAUCCAACCGCCGCCGGUGCCAGUGCUUCAGAGCAGCGACCAGGGCGCGAAUCGUCCGCGCCGUCGCACGCCGUCGAUUGAUCCCACACCGCCCGCGCCGUCGAACCACGCCGCACGCACACACAACGCACGCGCCGUCGAACCACGCCGCACGCACAAACGGCAGCAGACCGAGUUGGUGCGUGCCGCUUCUGUCCCGCUCCGUCUCACUCACUCCGCUGCCAGCCGUCCCCUUAACCGACAUAUUGUGCGCUGCAAAUGGUCCGCGAUGCACGCGCUGUUGCUCCAUCCCGCAUCACCCGUGUUCCGCACGCCCCGCCCCGCUCGCAGCCCGACGUCCCGGCAUCUAGACGACGACCCCCACCCGCGACGGCGUCCUCCCGCUACCAGUGCUUCAGACCGGGGACGCGCACGCGGAUCGUCCACGUCGUCGCAGCGGGAUGAUGUGAACGCCUACAGAUCGCACAUUGUAGACGCGACGUUCUGGCCGACCGGCCCUCAUCAUCUACGCAGCCGCGGGCCAAACAUCUACCACCGACCGUCCGCCUCGUUCAAUCCGCUCAGCCGCGACGACAGUCCUCCGCGCUCCCGGACCUCAUUGACACCAUUAGCUCCGUUAGCUUGGCAUCACCACACGCACGCACGCAUCACUCACCCCGCGUACUCGUGGCGUACACAUGUCCGGGCGCGCAGCACAGCGGAAGACGAGUCGCAAAUCACACAGGAUUCUCUGACGACGUCCACCUUUAAAUCCCUCACACGCUUUCCCGGCCUGUUGCCAUUCCCACGACUGCCGCCCGGACAUCUCGCAUCGGCUGCCGCGUCGCUCAAUGGUUACUACUCGCCCAAAAUCAUGACGGCAGCGCCCCCGCGUUCCCGCCCGCGUACCUAG